AUGUCGUCGGCAGCUAGCUCGCUGUUACGUGGUGGCGGCAGCAGUAGCAAUAGCAGCGGCCAGCAAGCAUCGGAGGGGAGUCCCGUGCUGCGAGACCAGGAUGAGACCCGGCCGUCGCUAGCUUCGUCCAUAUCAGCAGCAUCCCCCGGCGGAGAGAUUUACAGACGCCACGCGCCGCUGAGCCCGGAUCGCAACAAACCAACCGCAUUCUCGCUCUCACCACCCAUCUCUGAUUCCUCUCCCGCUAAAUUAAGCUCAUUAAAUCCGAACCCUCCAUCCGACCGCAUCAAUGCGUCUCCUUCGCCGUUCGCGUCUCGCGUCGCGAGACACGGCAGUUUGGGAGGGGGUCAGGUGGACAUGUCCGUGCGAGCGUUACUCGCGCGGCACCAGUACCUGCUGCGAACAAUGGCGAUACUCGUCGUGCUAUGCGCGGUGUACCUGUAUUUCGCCAUCUCCAUGGACCAGGAGGGCCUCAGCUGUCAGGGCCUUCGGGGAGAGGCGCUCGCGGAGUGCAGAGAGCAGCUCAAGGCGAAGCGACUCGCGAACAGGAAGGGCCGGGGAGGGGACAAUGCCGGAGUUAAGAACGGUGCAGGCAAAUCUGGCGAGGUUAGAGAAGGUAGAGAGGGUAGUAAAAGUGGUGGAGAGGUUGGAGGCAGCGGAGAGGGCCAGAUUGGGCAUGUGCAGGCUAUUCAGAUGCGGCAGCAGGAGAGAUAUGCCAACGGCUAUCAAAUAGUCGAUGCAGAAGAGCGAGGGCCUUCAGACAGGCAUGGAGAGAAACAAGACAAGGAGGACGACGUUAGUAGAGAGGAGUUGAAGAGAAGCAAGUCCUAA